GAGGCAUAGCGAAGAGAUUUCAAAUUUAAACGGUAUUUGCCGCCGAAGAACGAAGUGCUCUGUUGUGUUCGGUGCAAUUGGUUGCGUUGAUUUGUGACCUGCAAUAGUGGUUAUUAGUUUUUGAUUAAAUUUGUGUUUGAGUUCAUUGAAUUGAAGGUGUUUAAUUUUGUUCCAUCAAAAUGAGCAAAGCAGACUCCAAUCGUCAGGGUUCCUAUAAGAGUAACACCAUUAACACUCAGGAAUCGCGUCAUCGUCGUCAUGAAGUGACCAUUGAGUUGCGUAAAUCUAAGAAAGAGGAUCAGCUGUUCAAACGUCGCAACAUCAAUGAAGACGAAGUCGUUUCUCCACUUAAGGAGAACACUGGACAGUCACCAAUUCAAAUGACUGUUGAGGAAAUUGUACGCGCAAUGCGUUCGGAAGACAAGGAGCAACAAUUCAUUGGUAUGCAGUCAGCUCGAAAAAUGCUUAGCCGUGAACGUCAUCCACCCAUUGAUAUUAUGAUCGGCCAUGGUAUCGUACCAAUAUGCAUUAACUUUUUGCAAGAUACUUCCAAUUCUAUGUUGCAAUUUGAAGCAGCUUGGGCUCUGACCAAUAUCGCAUCUGGUACGUCUGAACAAACGCGCUGUGUAAUUGAUCAUGAUGCCGUACCACAUUUUGUCGCCUUGCUACAAUCGAAAUCAAUUAAUCUUGCUGAGCAAGCUGUUUGGGCUCUUGGUAAUAUUGCCGGUGAUGGUGCUUUGGCUCGUGAUAUUGUUAUCAACCACAACGUCAUACCUGGUAUUUUACAGUUGAUAACCAUGGAUACACCAUUGUCCUUCUUACGUAAUAUUGUCUGGCUGAUGUCAAACUUGUGCCGCAAUAAGAAUCCAUCGCCACCAUUCGGUCAAAUUCAAAUUUUGUUGCCAAUGUUGUCGCAGUUAUUGUGCACCAAUGAUAUGCAAGUUUUGGCUGAUGCUUGUUGGGCUUUGUCGUAUGUCACCGAUGACGAAAAUUACAAGAUUCAAGCUGUAGUUGAGACCGGUGCCGUGCCACGCCUCGUUACAAUGCUGGCAUCUGAAGAGCCCAGUAUUAUUGUGCCAGCACUCCGUACUGUUGGCAACAUCGUUACUGGCACAGAUUCCCAGACCGAUCAUGUAAUUGAAGCUGGUGGUUUGCCAAAGUUAGCUGCUUUGUUACGUCAUAACAAAAGCAAUAUUGUAAAGGAGGCCGCUUGGACUGUUAGUAAUAUAACAGCUGGAAAUCAAAAGCAAAUCCAAGCAGUUUUAGAUGCCAAUUUAUUUAAUUGCAUCCGCCAUGUAUUGGAACGCGGUGACUUUAAGUCUCAAAAAGAGGCUGCUUGGGCUGUAACAAAUACUACUACAAGUGGAUCACCUGAACAGAUUAUAGAUUUGUUGGAGAAAUAUAGUUUGUUGCAACCAUUUACUGGUUUGCUUAAUACAAAAGAUGCUCGCACUGUUAAGGUUGUUCUUGCUGGACUUAGCAACAUAUUUGCACUAGCUGAAAGAGUCGGCAAUUUGGAAAGUAUUUGUCUCAUUUUCGAGGAGAUUGGCGGUUUAGAUAAAUUAGAGGCCUUGCAGGAACAUGAAAACGAGGAUGUUUACAAAAAGGCUUUUGCUCUUAUCGAUGCUUACUUCAGUAAUGGCGAUGAUGAUCCUGAGUCUGAGUUCGCACCACAGGAAGUAGAUGGAAAACUUCAAUUUAGUUCUAAUCAAAAUAAGCCCGAAGGGGGCUACACUUUUUAAUCAAUUUACUUCUUUAGAUCAUAACUGUAUUUUAAUGCUUAAAAGGUGAAUAACGUUACGAUAUGCUGCCUAAAGUGCUAAAAUAAAAAAACCAAAUAUUGUUAAUCUACCCACCGUUGAAUUGCUUCAUUAUUAUUAUUGUUCUUUGAAUUGGUUUUUUAAAAUUAAUUUAUUUGAAACUAUUUUUUCCAAUUAAUUCGUACGUUGUUCAAGUCUUUUAAGUAUUAAUUUCUAUGUUUUUACAAAUAAAUUAAAC